GCCGCCUUGUGGCCGCCGACGGAUCCUCGUUCCCGCCUUCUUCCUCCUCCUCCCGGUAUCACCGGGGCCCCGCCUGGGAGCGGUCUGGGCCUCACAGGGGCAGCCCCGGUCCCGGUAACCACGGAGCCCGGGAAGGGCCCCUCCCCCCACCCCGCGACCUACAAGGCCUAGCUGCGCCGCGGCCUCCACUACUGCCAGGCGCGACCGCCCUCUGCCGGCAGCGGGCGGCGCUGGGCGAGGCGGAAAGCGGCGGUGAGAUAUAUCCCGGCAUGCUGUGCGCGCGCAAAGCCCGCUGGGAAAUGUAGUCCGGUAGAUAGACUCACGAGAACUACGAGUCCUGGCGUGCCCCGCGGCCGGAGCGGAUAUCCGGCGAGAGGAGGCGGGCUGAUCCCUAGCCAGCACCGGGGGGAGCGGGCUACGGAGCGGGACCGCCAUGAUCCGCUUCAUCCUGAUCCAGAACCGGGCCGGGAAGACCCGCCUGGCCAAGUGGUACAUGCAGUUUGACGAUGAUGAGAAGCAGAAGCUGAUCGAGGAGGUCCACGCCGUCGUCACUGUCCGUGAUGCCAAACACACCAAUUUUGUGGAGUUCCGCAACUUCAAGAUCAUUUACCGACGCUAUGCGGGGCUUUACUUCUGCAUCUGCGUCGACGUCACCGACAACAAUCUGGCUUACCUCGAAGCCAUCCACAACUUCGUGGAGGUCCUCAAUGAAUAUUUUCACAACGUUUGCGAGCUCGACUUGGUCUUCAACUUCUAUAAGGUCUACACGGUGGUGGACGAGAUGUUCCUGGCUGGGGAGAUCCGGGAGACAAGCCAGACCAAGGUGCUCAAGCAGCUCCUGAUGCUGCAGUCACUGGAGUGAGCCGGGACCAAACUGCACCCCCCAGCCUUCCUCCCCCCCCCCCCCCUUCCUCCUCGGACCCCCCAGGGGGGCGGCGUGGGGGUCUUGGUAUCGUGUGUGUUGUUGCCCUCCCCCCGCUUCUCCAUGUCUCCGUCAUCGUGUUGUGAAUAAACAUGAUUGUGAUGUG